CGCGUGCGCACCAGGAACGUCUAACACACUUGUGCAAUAAGCUUAGGUCUUUACGGCAUGAAUGGCUUGCAACGUCAUCAUUACGCACCCCAAUGCAGAGAAGGACCUCGCCCAUUAUUUUGAGGACCGGGUUGGUGCGACUGCACUGCUGCCGGAUGGCGAUCGGGGACCUCGGCUUUGAAAGGCUCAUCAGGCGAAAGGCCGUGGAAACCACCGGGACUUUAGACUCGGUGGGCCCUACCCCACUUCCCUUCGGGUGGCGGCGCUGUGACGAGUGACUGACAGGCACAACGAAAGGCAGCCCUCUGGUGUCUGGAGAAAAGCGGAGCCCUGGGCUUCUCGCAGCUUUGGGGGCAGCGGGACACAGCGGCUGAGUGCGCGCGUGGGAAAGAGGGGCCUCUGGGUGGAACAAGAAUUUCGGGAUGUCGGAGAAAGAUGUUUCCCGAAAGGAGGCGGGCUAAACCGUGGGUACCACCACAUGCCUCAAGUCACGUGGGAUGAAAGGGGGAUGAGGCUAGGGUCAAAGGUCAAGGGUCCCACGCUCUGAGCUCAGGGAGGGAGUUUGACAUACGAGGCAUAGGUCAGCGAUCUCAAGCAAAUGAGAAGGCUCUAAGGGGAGUCACAAACCCAGAAAGUUUAAUCUUUGGGGAAGAUUGAAUCUUGUCUAGCGAGAACUCCAUCCGGUUACAAUUCAAGAUGGUAUCUCCUGGGGGGCAAAGGCUGGCAAAGAGCCUGUCAAAGGUCAUAGGAUUAGCGGGCCCUCUAAGGCUAGCUAGAGAUGAGCGACUUCACUUGAUUUACUAUUCUGUCAUGCAUGUCCCUCUCUUAACCAGGGGGAUCCCAGUCACCAUGGAGCAGCAGGAUCCUCUGGAGGUCCCACACUCCAAAGUGACCACGGAGCAGCAGGAUUCGUCCAAGGAGAGAAGUGCCCCAAAUCCAGGUGGCAACAACUGCCACCAGGGGACCCUGCAGUGCACCCGCUGCCUCAUCACUUUUGCCGAUUCCAAGUUCCAGGAGCGUCACAUGAAGCGGGAGCACCCAGAGGACUUCGUGGCCCAGAAGCUGCAGGGGGUCGAAUUCAUCUGCUUCACCUGCGCCCGCUCUUUCCCCUCCUCCAAGGCCCUUAUCGCCCAUCAGCGCAGCCACGGUCCAGCAGUCAGGCCCUCCCAGCUGGCUGCCCCCACCACCACCCAGCCCACUUUCCCCUGUCCUGACUGUGGCAAGACCUUUGGGCAGGCCGCUUCUCUGAGGCGCCAUCGCCAGGCACACGAGGCGCGCACACCUCCUGGCCCCUUCGCCUGCACUGAGUGUGGUCAGGACUUUGCCCAGGAAGCAGGGCUGCAUCAACACUACAUCCGGCAUGCCCGGGGUGAGCUCUGAGCGCGGCUUAAGCCCUCCCCAGGGCAGUGGGGGCUCUGUGGCUGGUAGGACCCACUACAAUAUGGGAAUGGGAGACUUGGCAGGAAAGGCAGAAGACUGCUGAUAAAGAGGACCCAGAAGAUGCUCAGUUGGAGCUUCAGUCUUUGGAGGACUCAAAAGCCUUUAGGGAAACGUAAAAUCAGGCAACAGUGAGAUCUUUAAGAAAUUAACUAGAAAGAGGGAAAAUUAUUAUUUGUAUCUCAUUCCCAACUAGAGACUUUGAAAUCACAACGAGCUGCAGAUUGUGUAAUCACCUUUAGUUCUCCCCGAAUGGAUGCAGCGGGGCUGUAAGAGCAAACUGCCCUGGGUUUGUGCCUGAAUGGGGCAGAGAGAGUGAGGGGUGCCUGUAAUGCCACCAAAUGGGUUCCAGAUGUGGAGCAACUGGCCUCUGGGGGAUGGGGCAGCAAAGUCAUGUGGGGGUUGCCCUGGUAUCUUCCCACCCCCUGCCAGCCUUUCCCACUCAAGAGGAGCCACGGUAUUGGAACUUGGCCCACCCUCCACCCCACCCCCAGCCGCUCCUCC